AUGGACGCUGAGUUGUCCGAUGACGAAAUGGAAAAUCAGAUCACGGUGGAAGCCGAUCAAUACAUUCCCUACCCCUUAGAUGAGGUGGCCAUCGACUUUGAGGUGCUCGGUCUGUCAGAUCGAAACCCGGAACAGGUCGAAGUGCUGUUAGCCGCCUGUCGCAAAGAAAAUGUAGAGAUGCGCGAAGCGGCGCUCGAUCUUGGUGGUGUGAAGGCUGCGGUGGUUGACAUUGAAGCUCACGCUAUGAAACGGGCAUUCGAUCUGGUUAAGCCCCAAUUGGGGGAUAACCCGGAAGACCUGGUGGUCGCCAUUAUCGAUAUCGGUGCAACCAUGACGACGUUGUCAGUACUUGCCGAUGAUAAGGCCAUAUACACAAGAGAGCAGUUGUUUGGUGGCAAACAGCUGACGGAAGAAAUCCAGCGUCGCUACAGUCUGUCUUUUGAAGAGGCAGGUUUGGCGAAAAAACAAGGUGGUCUACCGGAUGACUACGAAGACGAAGUAUUACAGCCGUUCAAAGAAGCUGUACUGCAGCAGGUGACACGGUCCCUGCAAUUUUUCUUCUCAUCCUCGCAAUACGACGACGUAGAUUACAUUGUGCUGGCAGGGGGUACGGCCUCCAUUGAAGGCCUCGGUGACAUGAUCGAGUCUAAACUCGGUACACCCACGAUCAUCGCCAACCCGUUUGUUAACAUGUCUUUAGCUUCCAGAGUGGAUGCUGAGGAGUUUCACAUAAUGGCGAAUAUUAACUUACUGCCAUGGCGUGAAUGGGAGCGCGAGCGCAAACAGAAAGAGUUUCUGACUCAGCUGGGUGCGGUGCUGCUGGUAGGCGUAUUGUUGGUGUUUGGUGCAGGGAUGUACCUGGACAAUGAGAUUGAGGGCCAACAGGGCCGCAACACAUUCUUAACCGGAAAGAUCAAAGUUCUGGAUGAGAAAAUCGCCGAGAUACAGAUGUUGCGUAAGCAGCGUGAAGAUCUGCUGGCGCGAAUGCGUGUUAUCAAUGAACUGCAGGGUAACCGGCCGGUUAUUGUGCGCGUCUUUGAUGAGGUCGUGCAGACGCUGGCUAAAGGCGUGCAUUACAAGAAGUUGGAGUAUGAAGGCAACAUGCUGUCAGUCUCGGGUGUCGCUGAAUCUAACAAUAGGAUUUCAGCAUUGAUGCGGAACCUUGAUGGAUCAGACUGGUUUACCCAGCCGAAUCUCAAGAGCAUUAAAGAAGAUCCAACAAAUUCGGACUAUGGUGAGCAGGAUACCCUCAAACAGAUUCAAUCUGUCGAUUUCAGCGAUCUUGAUAUAAACAAUAUCGGUUCGUGGCCCGGCGUUGUAAAAGCCAUCUUUAUGGCUAUCUUGUUUGCUCUGGUGUUAGGUGUCGGUUACUACUGGCAUGUGACCGAUAAGCAGAAAAACCUCGAAGUCGAGCAGGCUAAAGAGGUUGAUCUACGCGCAGAGUAUGAAGAUAAGGCUGGGCUUGCCGCCAACCUGGACGCGCUGCGCAUACAGAAGCGCGAGAUGGAAGAUGCCUUUGGUGCGUUGUUGCGGCAAUUGCCCAGUGACACGGAAGUGCCCGGAUUGCUGGAAGACAUCACACGCACAGCAAUCGACAAUGAGUUAACCAUCGAAAGUAUCGAUCUGGAACCCGAAAAUCGAACCGAAUUUUAUAUCGAACUGCCCAUCAGCAUCGUUGUUGAAGGGGAUUACCACAAGCUUGGUUCAUUUGUCAGUGGCGUUGCGAACCUGUCACGGAUUGUGACCCUGCACGACUUCCAGAUUAACCCGAUACGAGACAAUCUGGGUUUGCGUAUGGAAAUCACCGCGAAGACGUAUCGUUAUCUAGAGGAGGUUGACCGCCAGGAUGGGCCAAAGGUCACGCCUGACUUCAACCGGGUUAAACAGUUUCUUGAGCAGUUCACCAUUGGCCGUCUGGCGAUGGUGGGUACUUUGGCUCAAGGUCCUGUUACCUACGCGCUGAUUCAAGACGGUAAUGGCGGCGUGCAUCGGGUACAGCCUGGUGAUUUUAUGGGUACCGAUCACGGACGCAUUCUGGCGGUGAACGAUACGGGCAUUGAAUUGAUAGAAAUUGUUCCUGACGGGAUGAAGAUGAUGUUUAAGAAUUUUACUGGAUGGGCGAGCCGAGUCGUUCCGCUGUGUAUAGCCGGCGCAAUAAGCCUGGUGGCCACGCAGAGCUGGGCCGUGACGAUGGAGAACAUCGACUUUUCAUCGCUACCUGGUGAUCGUACGGAAAUACGUAUGGAAUUUGACGGUACGCCGCCAGAUCCCAAAGGCUAUACCAUUGAGCAGCCCGCACGCAUCGUGCUGGACCUGCCUGGUGUGGUCAGUGCACUGGAUGAGAAGCAUCACAAUCUCGGUAUUGGUAACGCUCGGCGUGUUUCGGUGGUCAGCACCAAAGACCGUACCCGCGCUAUUGUGAACCUGACCCAACUGGUGAGCUACGAAACUAGUGUUCAGGGUAAUACCCUGUAUCUGACUGUGGGUACCGCAAGUUCCGGCCAGCCAAGUAACACACAAACCAUGGACGUUGCCGAUGACAGUCGCCCGGCGCCUGCCGCGAUGCGCGGUUCAACCAUCGAAAAUGUGGACUUCCGUCGCGGUGAAGGUGGUGAAGGUCGCAUCGUACUGACCCUCAGCAACCCUAAAGCACCUAUUAACGUUUCAGGUGAUUCAGGCCGGAUUCGCGUAGAAGUGCGCAAUACCAGUUUGCCAACAGAACUGCGCCGUCGCCUGGAUGUCACCGAUUUCGCAACACCUGUGCAAAUCAUCGAUGCCCUGCAGGAAGGUGACAACACGGUGUUCACCAUAGCAGCGACCGGCAACUACGAUUACCUGGCUUAUCAAGCUGAUAACACAAUGUCCAUCGAUGUCACGCCAAUGACUGAAGAAGAGCUGAAUCAGCGCGACGACAUCUUUAAGUACACUGGCGAAAAACUAUCCCUGAACUUCCAGGACAUCGAAGUACGCUCAGUCUUGCAGCUGAUUGCAGACUUUACAGAUUUGAACCUGGUGGCGUCUGAUACCGUCAGUGGUCGCAUCACCCUGCGCCUGAAGAAUGUACCCUGGGACCAGGCUCUGGAGCUCAUCCUUAAGACUAAGGGUCUGGAUCAGCGUCAGGUCGGUAAUGUCUUGUUGGUAGCGCCGGCUGCAGAGAUUGCCGCACGUGAAAAACUUGAGCUGGAAAAUCAGAAACAGAUUUCCGAACUGGCACCGUUACGCACUGACUUCAUACAGAUUCGCUACGCGUCAGCCUCUGAACUGUUCAACCUGUUUAAUGGCGGUGGCGCGCAAGGUCAGACUAUGUUGUCUGAACGCGGAAGCGUGAUUGUUGAUGAACGUACAAACGCCAUUAUCCUCACCGAUACAGCUGAUCGCCUGGAAGAGUUUCGUCGCGUGAUUGCACAGCUUGAUGUGCCUGUACGCCAGGUUCUGAUUGAGGCUCGAAUUGUCACAGCAAAUGCUAACUUUGCUGAGCAGAUGGGCAUCCGCUGGGGCGGUGGUGGCAUCAACCAGAACGGUGGCACAGCCGUGCGUUACGGCGGAUCGCUGGAUACCCUGGUGGAGCUUUCCAAUAUUCUAGUAGACGGCACUGGCGAUAUUUCGGUACCCGGCGACCUGGUUGUCGACCUGGGUGUUGCUCAGGCAGGCGCUUCCAGUAUCGGUCUGGGUAUUACCCGGGCAGGCUAUCUGGUCGACCUUGAGCUGUCGGCUCUGGCGACAGACGGUCACGCUGAAGUCGUGGCGCGUCCGAAGGUCAUCACCGCUGACAAGAGCCCAGCUGUGAUCGAGUCUGGUGUUGAGAUUCCAUACCAGGAAGCGACCAGCAGUGGUGCAACCUCAACUUCUUUCAAAGAUGCUGUGCUGUCUCUGGAAGUAACCCCGCAGAUCACGCCUGAUGAUCGCAUCAUCAUGCAGUUGAACGUGAAGCAGGAUACGGUGGGUACGGUGUUCAACGGUGUGCCAUCAAUCAACACCAACGAAAUUCAAACCGAGGUUCUGGUAGACAAUGGUCAGACGAUUGUAUUGGGCGGUAUUUUCCAGACCGACAAAAACGUCUCGACCACCAAGACCCCAUUUCUGGGUGAUAUCCCUUACGUAAAUCGACUGCGCGAUAACCGCGCAACGGUGUACACUAAACGGCGCCCCUUAGGAGAAAAGGGUUUCCGCGAUCGCGAAGAGCACGUUAUUGAUGAACUCUCGCAAAUGCGGGGUGUUGUGGUGGCAACAGGUGGUGGGGCCGUAAAACGCGCUGCGAAUCGCCAGAACCUCGCCACCCGCGGCAUCGUUAUUCACCUGGAUUGUCCUCUGCGCCGCUUGUUAGCGCGUACCCGCAAUGAUAAAAAGCGACCGCUGUUGCAGGGUGAUAAUCCUGAAGAGAUUCUAACCAGGCUGGUGCACGAGCGUGUGCGCCAGGCGCUCACAGGCCGUCAGGUCGAUACAUUUGUGAUGGGUGAUGGUGAGCAGUUCAAAAGCCUGGCGACUUAUCAGGCAGCCAUGGAUUUCCUCAUGCAGCAUCGGCAUAACCGAACUACGUGUCUGAUUGCGUUAGGUGGUGGUGUGGUUGGUGACCUGACCGGUUUUGUGGCGGCAACCUUUCAGCGCGGUGUAGAUUUUGUGGCCAUUCCGACCACGCUCCUUGCUCAGGUUGAUUCAUCUGUGGGCGGAAAAACUGCGGUUAACCACCCUGCCGGGAAAAAUAUGAUCGGCGCGUUUUAUCAGCCCAGGGCGGUGGUCAUCGACAGCGGUGUGCUGAGCACCCUGCCUGCCCGGGAGUAUGCGGCAGGUUUGGCUGAGGUUGUGAAGUAUGGGGUGAUCGCUGAUGCUGUCUUUUUCGACUGGCUGGAGAACAACGUCACCUCACUCCAGCAACGUUCCCCUGAAGCCCUGGCAUAUGUGAUUCAACGCUCCUGUGAAAUAAAAGCAGACGUUGUGGCCCGGGAUGAGCGCGAAGGCGGUGUGCGUGCACUAUUGAAUUUCGGGCAUACUUUUGGCCACGCCAUAGAAAACCUGGCCGGUUAUGGCACCUGGCUGCAUGGCGAGGCGGUGGCCAUUGGCAUGGUUAUGGCCGCCAGAUUCUCGCAGAAAGUCUGUGAUUUUCCGGCAGAGCAGGUGCAACGGUUGAUUGCACUGCUGGUUGCCUUUGAUCUGCCGGUCAGCCUUUCUGAACCGGCAUCGGUUACUGAUAUGUUGAGCGCCAUGGGCAUGGAUAAAAAGGCGGCGAAUGGCAAACUUCGUUUUGUCCUGAGUGCUGAAAUAGGUUUUUUUAUCGGAGCAGAUCGGAAGACCCACCUGGAUCACCUGCGUCAUCUGAGUCAGUGGUCGCGCCGUAUUCUGGUGGUCUCCGGCCCGUUUGGUAUCGGCAAGUCCAGCCUGUUUCGUGAGCUUUCCAGUAGCCUGGAACCCAACACAAAAGCGGCCCGGCUUUCAGGCACUGUGGUGACCACCCAGCGCGAAGUGCUGGUGGGAAUGUUGCAGGGGUUUGGUGUGGCCGCCCAGGCAAACGCGCAUACUGCUGAUCUGUCCAGGUUGAUCGCAACCCAUGUGAACGAACAGGACGCCAUGGGUCGUAUCUGUAUGGUGAUGGUCGACGACGCUCACCUACUGGAUGCUCAGGCCCUGGAACAACUCAUGAGUCUGGUUGGUGCAUCGGCUUUGCGUUUGCUUUUGUUCACUGAGGCAUCGAAAAUUUCGAUGCUUGGUGAAAUUGCACAAGACCAGGAGCUUGAAUGGUUCGAAAUUCGAAUUACCGGUUUCCCCAAGGCGGAGAUCAGAAAUUAUCUGGAAUGGCGCUUCCGGCAGGCUCAAUAUCGCGGCAGACUGCCUUUCACGGAUGAGCAGCUGGAUAAAAUUGUGCAGCGCUCCGGCGGUAACCCUAGUGUGGUCGAUAGCAUUGCAAACAGGCUUUUAACAGAUAUGGAAAGUGGCGAGACGCGUAAGCAGGGAAGUGGGUUCCCGAUGACCCAUGCAGCGUUGGCCAUCAUGCUGGUUGUGUUGAUGGGGUUAGUUUAUUUGUUUGUUCAGCAGCCCCAGGAUAGCCCGGUUGAGCUAGUUGAAACGGAAACGGUUCCUUUAAUGCCGGAUGAACCUGCAGUAUCAACCGAAGAGGUAAUAGACCUUACUUCGCCCUUUGCUGAUCAAGCCGUGGACACGCCGCUGGUGGUUGAGGCUGACGUAGAGGUUGAUGUGCCCACGGAGUUAGAGCCUCAGCGUGCCGGAGAGCAGCCUCAGCCUGCUGAUCAACAACCUCUGGUUGAGCCGCUCGAUGAACCAGUCCUUGCCUCGGAAACCGAAACCGUCACAGCUAUACCUGUCGAGCGCGAUACUGAGACUGAAGUGCAAGUCAGCGUACAGCUUGAACCUGAACCUGAGCCUGAACCAGCUCCGGUGAGCGCUAUUCCCGUGGUGGAAUCCAGCCCGUUGCCAGACGGUGCUUUCAAGUCAGCCAGCUGGAUACUGCAGCAGGAUCCAAAUCGCUUUACCUUGCAGCUGUUAUUUUGCCUGGUAUCAGAUGCAGCGCGAUAA